GAACUUUUUGUCAAACGCAAGUCAAACGUGGAAUGCUCGUAUAAGGUAGAAUGUAAUCCACCAGUUUUCCAGUCUCCCCCUUGUUCUCCCGCCUGUAAAUAUGGAGUUUAAAUGAAGCAAUUAUAGCUUAUUAAAGGUCUUUUUUUAAAAAGAGUAAAUUUUGUGUAUUAUGAACAACGAUGAAACCUAAAAAAAUCAAGGAAAGAAUUUUAACAUUGUGUUUUGGAUUUAUAUGCUUAGUUCAAUACUCAGACAGCCGAAAAUGGUCUGACAAGAAAGGUAACGCAAAUAAAAAUUUUGUGAGCGUACGAUACAACAGUUUCAGACAUGAAAGAGAACUUCGGAUUGCUUUCAAAGGAAUUCUUAUGUUGGAGACCACCGCAUUUUUGGAUUCUAUUUAUGAAACAACAUUGCAUCAAAUCACGGAUGGGAGCAAACUGAUACAGACUGUAUACCAGAACGGUGUCGUCAAAGACUGUGAUUUCUCUGUGGAAAACGCUACUAUUUUGCAGUUUGUGCAGGAUUUUGCUAACGACUCUAAAAUUUUCUACCGAAAAGAACAGGGUGAUGUGUUUUCUUUGUACAGUUCCAAUGCACGCGAAACAAACGCCAGUGCUCUUGUGUUUUUUCGACGUAGGAAGUUUUUGCAGAAAUUUAGAGAUCUGAUAAAAAUCAGACAUGACAUUAAAAUUUGUCACAAAAUUGCUAAUAAAAUCAAACGAAGCCAUCGUCUUCCAAGGGAAGAAUUCAUCCCGGUGUACGAUGUUGAACCUUCUCUGACAAACGAAAAAGGAGGGACCAAAAGAAGCAGACGACGGAAGAGGUCCUCGCUGUUUGCCAGCUUCCUGAUGUACCCCGGCACCAAAUGGUGUGGGAGGGGACAACUUGCCACUGAGUACGACGAGUUAGGGGAGGAUAACGAGCUAGACACGUGCUGCAGGGACCACGACUUCUGUCCCCUUAUUAUAGAACCCUUUACCAAAAAGUUCCACUACUUUAAUUUCCGUUUCCACGCUGUGCUGCAUUGUAAAUGUGAUGACGAAUUUCGACAAUGUCUUCAACAGUCGUUUUCACCAAAUGCGAACUUUUUGGGCAAAAUCUACUUCAACAUAAUGGGAUCAAAGUGCUUCGUUCUUAAAGAAAAACCUGUUUGUAAAGCGUACACGUGGUACGGAACUUGUGCGGAGUAUAAAACAGACACUGUGGCGCAUAUCAAGACACAGCCCUAUUUCACGUACCUCUAAGUGAAAAAAAAUCACAAUCCAAGCUACUUUUUCCACAUUUUUCUCAGGAAUCAUUCAGUUCACAGUUCUGGCAAUCUUUUCCCAGAAUUCUGCAUUCAUAUUCUUAAAAUAUAUUUAUUGAACA